GGCGAAUCAGUGCGAAUGGAAGUCCACGCGCGGAUGAGUCGGUGGCUGGAAACGACGAAGAAGCCCGAGGAGAGACGAACGCGCGCGAACCCUCGGCCCUCGGCUGAGCGCUCGCCCCACCACAUCCAGUCGUACUGCGAAUGCCAUACCGUGAGCUUCGUAUUCGUGCCAUUCCUAUUCGUUGCUUUUAACCCGAACGCGAGACACCUCUCUUUCUCGAACUAUUUUCAUCUACAAGAGAACCCAGAUAAAUAACCUUCUUUUUCUUAUCUUUUAUUUUUUUUCUCUCCUCGUUCCGCAUUCAUUUUUUUACACUAGAUAGAAACGAAAGUUUUGCCGCCACGUUUUCCCUUUUUUUUUUCUAUUACGAUAGAAAAAGUUUGCAUUUUCGCGGUUUAUAUCUCGUUACAUGUAUAUAGAAUACAUACUCGAUGGUCGAGAUUCUUUGAACGUGUUAAAAAACGAUUGUUUGAUACGGUGUUAGAUCUUAACGUUCGAUCGGACGCGAGUGGAAUCGAUCGAUCAAAUUUUUGUCUGAGAAACAAAGAGAGAGAGAGAGAGAGAGAAAAAAGAUCAAAAAGGAAAUAAUCUCGAGCAAAGAGCUUAAGAAAAGCAUGCUGCGUGCUUCCAACCGGACAAUGCCGGCUGUGAAUUUGUCGUAGAAGGAGGGGAAAAAUAGGAAAAAGAGAUCGGAAUUUUAGUUGGAUUAUGAGGCGCGCCUGAGGUAUACAAAAUUCGGGUGGAGAAUCUUUAGGUGGCGGAUAAGAUGGAGUCGACGGGACUUGCCACCGAGUGGUCGUCCACUUUGUCGGACGCGUCCAGGGAUAAGAAGGAACGUAAUCGUGCUAAUGACGGCGUUAUAACGCCGAUCUUACCAACAACAACAACAACUAUGACGACGAACUUCCGUAAGGAGUCCUGUAUAAAUUGGAUGAUGUGCGCCCUCUGUCUGGCGAGUCUUGCCGUGUCAGGUAUACUGACGUAUCGUGAGAUGCGCUUGGAAUCGAGGAUCGUUAAUCUCGAGGCAAGAUGCAGGAUCCAAGAAUUGCCCGAUGUCCUCGUGCAAAGGUUCAGGAGGGAACUCCGGGAAGAAUUCGAGCAACACAGGCUCGCCCCCGCGAGUUCUGCCUCCGCUGCGCUAUUCAGGAUCAAACGAGACAUCGCCGAGUGCAAUUGUCCACCAGGUCCACCGGGGAAACCAGGUCCACCGGGAGAACCAGGGAAAAAAGGGAAGAAGGGCAAAAAGGGAGAUCCCGGAGAGCCCGGGCCGCCGGGUGUGGCCGGGACGCCGGGCAAGAACGGUUUUCCGGGACCAAUCGGUUUGGACGGACCUAAAGGAGAUCCGGGUCGACCCGGUGAGAAAGGGCAGAAAGGAGAACUUGGAAGCCCUGGUUUCGAUGUCUUCUCAGCAGUAAAGGUCAAUGCACAGGGAUUGGGGUUAAAGAGGUCGGUGACGACCCUCCGUGGCGGGACACUAGGAUAUGCGGAAAUCGUCGCUCUGAAGGGACUACAGGAGCAGGGGCACAAUAUAUCGGCGCAAACCAUCAUACAACUGAAAGGUGAACCAGGAGAACCUGGGCCACCGGGUCCACCAGGUCCACCAGGAUCGGAGGGUCUCCCAGGACACGAAGGAAGACAAGGGAUUCCUGGUGAGGUUGGGUCCCCGGGUGAAAAGGGUGCACCUGGACCGAUCGGUCCUAUCGGUCCACCCGGUAUUCCAGGACUUUCCGGUCCAAAGGGUGACAAGGGAGAUAAAGGUGAACGUGGGAUGACGACUGCGUUGAACGGAGAUCAAUUUCCAACCGGAAUAUUGGAAGGUCCUCCUGGUCCACCUGGACCACCUGGGCCCCAGGGCGAGAAGGGAGAGCUGGGUCCGACAGGACCACCCGGUCUGACCGGCGAGAAGGGUGCCCGGGGAAAGCAAGGGAAGAGGGGUUUCAAGGGUGAGAGCGGUAUUACAUUGGCGAGGGGUCCGCCCGGCCCACUGGGUCCAAAGGGUGAAAGGGGUUACCGAGGCGAAAAGGGCGCCAAGGGAGUCCAGGGCUCGGCAGGACCUAAAGGUGAACAAGGAUCUCAGGGUCCACCAGGAUUUAAUGGAACCGACGGGGAAGCUGGUAUACAAGGUCCGCCAGGAUUACCGGGCCUAUCCGGACCCAAAGGUGAGAAAGGCGAGUACGGUGAUAUCGGACCACCUGGGCUCAUGGGACCUCCAGGUUUGCCUGGUCCACCGGGUUAUCCAGGGUUGAAGGGAGACAAGGGUGAAAAGGGCGAAUCGAAGUACAAAAAGUUGAGAAGAAGGCAGGGUGACGGCACAUUCGAAGUCAACGCGGGCGAAGUGAUUAUGGGACCCCCCGGACCACCUGGACCAGCCGGUACUCCUGGAUUGCAAGGUCCACCUGGUAUCAAGGGAGACAGAGGGCACGACGGCGCCAAGGGUGAUCCUGGAGAGAAAGGUGCCAAAGGAGAUCCUGGUCCGAUGGGAUUACCCGGCCCCAUGGGACUGAGAGGAGAGUCCGGAAAGCCCGGAGAUUCCGGGAAACCUGGCGCCAUGGGACCCUCAGGACUAGACGGCAUGAAGGGAGCACAAGGAGAACCUGGUACGAAAGGUGAAAGGGGAGAUCCAGGAUUACCCGGUACCGAUGGGAUUCCAGGAACGGAGGGACCGAAGGGUGAGAAAGGUGCUAAAGGUGAUUGUGGACCACCUGGUAAGAGAGGAAGAAAAGGAGACAAGGGUAACAAAGGUGAUCAGGGUGUACCCGGACUAGACGCGCCCUGUCCCCUCGGUCCUGACGGCCUUCCAUUACCUGGUUGCGGCUGGAGACCACCUCAGGAUACGACGAGUACGUCGGCACCAGUGAUCGAAGGACCAGAACCCGCGGAAACGGAUUACGAGCCGGAAGAGGACUACGACGAUUAUCCAGAUCACAACGGGAACUUAGCGGAGCCAUAAUGCUCAUUGUGCGCUGCCCUACUCACCACCACUACAACCACCACCAUCACCAACACCCUCAUCACACGACUCACCCUGCUCUCCCAAACUAACGUGGUCCUGCCAAGAAGUAAUAUUCUGCGCCAAUGGCUGGCGGAGGAGAAGAAAGAGGAGAAAGAAGGGCAGUGACACAAAUUGUUUGCCAAAAGUAGCGCAUUUUCAUCGAGGACUAUCUUAUUAUAUCCGCGUCGCUAAAACGUACACACCGAGGAAAAGCAAUCUAUGGACUCACACGCCGUAUUACGAAUUCGACGCGAUUUCAAUUUAGAGAUAUUUUUUCCGGCAAACUACACUAACUACUAAUCAUCUUGCCAGAGAAGAGGAGUGUUUGUAAAUAAGUGUACUUACAAGUGUCUAGCGUCCGCAGUGCGUGUACAUAAAUAAUUAGUUUACUGCUACUAUUAGGAUCCACGGUGAUGAUGAUGAUGAUGAAGAAGAUGGUUAACACGAUCUCUCUUUUUUUUAACCUUUCUCUAAUAAUUUUCAUCUAAUUUUAAUUUGUCAGGCCACCUUUUUUAGAGGCUAAAAUGCAACAACGAGAAUAACAACAACUUUAUUCCAAAAUUUCUUACAACGAAGAAAGAGUAUUGAAAGAGCGAUCGUGAUCCUGGUGUUAGGCUUCUGUCUUCUGCUAAAGUGUAUCAUAUUAUUAAUCGAUCGAAUACGGUGAUGCGGUGCAGAGUACAAGAGAAAGAGAGAGAGGCUCAUUUAUGUUUUUUUGUUCUUUCUCGAUGGACAAAUAAACAGUAAAUAAAGAUAGCCAGGAUUAAAAAAUAAAUAUUCUUGCUACGAUACAUACAUAUAUCGUCGUAUUUCGAAAAAGGGCUUCGCUAUCCUACGUGUAAUUUCUGUAUGUGUGUAUACGUUCUUGAUAUGCGAGAGACUUCCUUCUUGAUACCUGCCAUUGUGUCCAGGAAAAUACAUUCAAGGAUAUGCAAUAGAAUUUUAAUACUGCAAUCACAUAUCCAAUCGGCUACGCGGUACUUCCAAAAACAACA